UGUUUUCAGUAGUUUCUUGUGUUGUGAUCUUCGGGAUUACAAUUUAAAUUCCGGCCAACUUCGCAGAUUAAGUACAAUUACACUAACAAAGCUCAGUUGUUCUUAUAAUAAAAUGGCCCCUGACUGGCGCUACGACAUCGUGUGCUAUUUAGAGACUAAUUUAAUUUCGGAUUAGUUGACCGGAAGUUGUGUUUUGGCGCUGAAAUACCGGUUUGAAUAAUGGUUUUACUGUGAAAGGCUUGGCGGAAGUGUGCUGUAUGCUAGCUUGAUCCAGCUCUCUUAUCGUCCACACGACAUCGGGACUCAAUGAUAACAACGUGGGUCCCUCAGCGGCGGAGUUCUCGCUCUCUACCACUCACGUGUCUGUGAUUUGAAGUAUCGGACUGAAAACUGUGACAUGUUGUUAUCAGUGUAACAACACGUUGCGCCUGCGCCCUGAACCUACGUGUUUUUUUUCUCCUCCUCAGCGUGAGGUAUGUUGCUUUGCUUGAAAAUCAGCAGCUGCUGUACAGAGCAGAUCCAGAGAGCGACAUCAGACACACGGACAACACACACCGACACACCCGGCUCCUGGAUCAUCCACCUGGGGCCGAGACCGAGUAAUGUGCAGUCGAGAGCCGGAUGAGUCGUCUUGGUCUAUUUUUCUUUAAUGUGGAAGACGCUUUCUCUCAUGCAUUCUGAAUGAUCCCCGCAGCCAGCUCCACGUAUUGAGAUGAUCUAUUUCUGUGAUGGCGAAGGGUCUGUUUCCACGGGCCUGGGUGAAAAGGUCUUUCUAUUUCCAGGCUCGAAUCUCCUUUGUUCGAGUGAAGUACCUGUUCCUUACAUGGCUGACCGUGCUGGUGGGGAGCUGGGUGCUGUAUGUGCAAUACUCCGCUUACACAGAGGUGUGCAGAGGACACGAGUGCAAGAACGCCAUUUGUGAUAAAUACAGGAAGGGCAUCAUCGAUGGCUCUGCCUGCAGCAGUCUGUGUGACAAAGAAACCCUCUAUUUGAGCAGGUGUCAGUCAAUACUGUCAAACAACCAGGUAUACACGGGAAGCUGGGGAGACCAUGAUGGAAUCAUCCGCUGUAAACUGGGGGAGGUUUUGCACUACGAGUUGGGUGAGGAGCCGGAGCCUCGGAAGGAGACCCCUGUGUUCGACAAGCCCACUAAAGGCACAUCAGUGGAGAAGUUCAGAGAAAUGGUCUUUAAUCACCUCAAGUCUAAGCUUGGAGAGCAGGCCAACCUCGCCAGCCUCGUCAGCCAGAUCCUGUCUGUCGCCGAUGGCAACAGAGAUGGGCGGGUGUCACUGCCAGAGGCUCGCUCUACAUGGGCCCUCCUGCAGAUGGACGAGGUUCUGCUGGGCCUGCUGCUCCAAGACCGUGGACACACUCCUCGCCUCCUGGGCUACUGCGGGGACCUGUACAUGACAGAGCGAGUCCCCUACGGGCCCCUGUACGGUUUGUCUCUACCAUGGCCGCUGGUGUCCUGGGUGCCGAGCAGUUUGCAGCGCACUAUGGACCAGUGGUUCACGCCUUCUUGGCCUCGCAAAGCCAAGAUCUCCAUGGGUCUGCUGGAGCUGGUAGAGGAUAUCUUCCAUGGCACUUACGGCAGCUUCCUCAUCUGUGACCUAACCGCUGCACACUUCGGUUACACUGACCGCCACGAGCUCCGUCUCACCAACACCCGAGCCGUUGUUCCCGAAGACGAGUUCAAGCGCACAAUGCGUGUGCUGAAGUGCGAGACAGAUGCUGACUGCGUGUACGGGGUGGACUGCUGGACAUCAUGUGACACGUCGGAGAAAAGGUGCAGGGAGGAGCCCAUCCAGCCAAACUUGGCGAAAGCAUGCGGUGCACUGAAGGACUACCUCCUGCGUGGGGCACCGUCAGCAAUGAGGGAGGAACUGGAGAGGCAGUUGUACGCCUGUAUGGCUCUGAAGGGUAACGCUGGACAGAUGAACAUGGAGCACUCGCUUAUCCUCAACAACCUGAAAGCUCUGCUGUGGAGACAGAUCUCACACACCAAGGACUCGUGACGAGGAGAAGAAAUCUUCCAAAAAUCAGUUUCUUACGUAGAGCUGAGCAAUGAAGAUGCUGUGAUAUAGAAGGUGCAAAUUUAAUGAAGUCAUUUUUAUCAACUCUUAACACUUGUGAAUAAAUUGAUGGACUGAUGGAGACUCUACCUCCUCUGACCUGCUCACAGAAGUUCAGGGCCUGGAUUUACGUACAUUUAUGUUGAAAUAAAUUGAACUGAAUGAUAGCAUGUUGCCAUCACUCACACAGACACAUUUUAUUGUAUUGUUCACCACUGUGGAAUGUUUCAGAGGCACUGCUGGACAAACAGAAUGAAUUUACGCGUGUUUGUCAAGAGCUGAGAGAUUAAAUUGCUGUUUUUAUCACAGAUGUGUGGGUUAACAUUGAAGAGUUUAUCAUUGUGGAGUUUAUUCCAUUUGGGAAAACAAGGAUUAAGUCAGUGAUUGUUGUGCAAAAGCUCCAAUUUGAAGUGUAUUGAAAUAACAAUAAUUAUUUUCGCCCCUUAAUUCUUUUCAACAAAAGAGAUUUUUAUUUGGAUCUGCACCUAAUUGCAUAAAUAUCAGUCCCUGAAAUAUGCCUGAUUUUAAUCCAUGAAUUAUUCUCAGAGAAGUCAACAAAAUUCUCACAAUGUUCAAGAAUGUGAAAAAUAUAUUUCUGGAUCCACUCUCUUAUUCUGAUCUGCACCAAAAUGUAAGGGGUUCUAUUUUGGGUACACCCGUUCACAAAAUUUCAUGGAAAUCGGUUUAGUACUUUUUGCACAAUCCUGCUAUGUGACAAACAAAUGCACAUAAGCAAAAAAAUUAAUUAAAAAUUAAAUAAAUUAGCGAAGCAACAAAUUAUUUAAAAAAUGUAUCCAGUGACAUAAAUCACUGAAGCUGUUCAUGGUGGCUCUUCUUUAAGUGGUCACAUAUCUGUAUGAUGAAGUGGUGGCAGCUCAUUAGCUUCAAUGUGAUGGUAUUCAUGUGUCAGUACUGCACAGGGUUGUUACUUUGCGUCAGUGUACUUCCAAGUUUUCCACCUGUAAGUGACAUCAUCAAUGCUGCAUCAACGACACAAAGAGAAAAUAAUUAUGUAUUUAAUUUGGUCUGUGAAUGUUAUCUAUGUGUACUAUUCACUACAACCGCAUUUUUGGUAAAUGUACUGUAUCACGUUAUCUUUUCUGGAUUUUCAUCCGUCACAGUGCCAGAGAUCAUGCUGAGGUCGUUCUAUGAUGAAUGUUUAACCACUGCUGAUGGUGAAGUUUGUCCGGUCUCAUGGUCACAUUAGAAAAAUCUAUAUAUUUUUUUCCAUGGUUCCUUCCACACUUCAGAUGUGUAACAGUGACCAUGUUGACAGCCUAACUUUAUCAUGCAUUGUUAUCAAUGCACCUCAGACAGACAUGUUAGAUAUGACCUGUAAAGCAUGUGAAGCUUGUGGUCAGUGCUGCUGUUUGAAAAUGUAAAAAAGAUAAGAAAAUGUUUACUUAUUGAAGAAACCAGCAUGAUUUUGCACAAUUAAACUACAUACCACUUCA